AUGGUGCCUGUAUCAUCUCUACCAUCCCCAUUUUCCCCAUCUCCACAACAAGGAGGAGAUUCUCUCGAUAUUGGAGCCCCAGAUUUGUCACAUUUAAGUGAAGAAGAACGCCAAAUAAUUUUACAAGUAUUGCAAAGACAAAAAGAUGAGGAAAGAAAAGAAGAAGAAAUUGCUCAAAAAGGAAAUCAAGAACUUUGGGAUAUUGAACGACAAAUUCAAGAACGUAAAGAAAAUGCUCAAAAAUUAAUUGGGACACAAGAUGAUGCUAUUUGCCAAAUUUGUCAAAAAACUAAAUUUGCUGAUGGGAUUGGGCAUAAGUGUUUUUAUUGUCAAUUGCGAUCUUGUGCUCGUUGUGGAGGCAAAACUACAAGCAAAAAUAAGAAUAUUUGGGCUUGUUCUCUAUGUCAGAAAAGGCAACAAAUUCUGGCUAGAACAGGGAAAUGGUUCCAACAACAACAACAAACACAUUUAAAUGACAAUGUUUUUCAAGAACAAACAACACAACAACAUCAAUUACCACAAAAGUCUUCAGAUUUUUCAAUUUCCGAACAUACAAAAACAACACAACAAAAUGAAAAAUUACAAAGAAAACAAAGUUUGUCGUCACAACAACAAAAACGAAAUUCUCUAACUCGCCAAAACACAUUAAAAAGACAACAAACAAUAGAGCAGACAGACGACAAAAAUAUGAAACAACAACCUAUAAUAAAUGGAACAACAGAAGAAUUACCAAAAACAUCUAAUGAAACAUCUAAAUGGAACGGUCAGACACGCAGAAGCAUUAAACAACAAAGAGAACACAACAACAACAAGAGUUUUAAACAACAAAGUUUUAAUGUUCAGAAUUCUUUAGACGAGGAAAACAACAACAACAUCAGAGAAAAAGAAAAUGUUAGAAAAACAUUACAAAAACAAGUUUCAAACAAAGUUGGAAACGCUCUAACUAGGCAACAAACACAACAACAACAACAGCAUAACUUACAACAACAACAAAGGUAUUGUUUUUAUGUUUGUUUUAAUUUUUGUUUUUGUUUUAUUUUUGUGUUUUUAUUUGUUUUGUAUUUUCAAAAAGGCUUCCAUUGUUUUUGUUUGUUUUGGUGUUUGUUUGUUGUGAUUGUAAUGUUUUUGUGUUUUGUAUAUUUUGUUUGUUUGUAUUAAAGUUUUUGUAUAUUUGUUGUAUUUUUUCUUUGCUUUUCUUCAAGUUUUUGUAUUUUCUGUUGCGUUUCUAAGUUUUGUGUUUUCUGUUUUUAUCUUUUACAACUCCAAU